AUGGAAAGGAAAAUUAUCACACUAUCCCAAGACAGUGGCAUCGUCAUGAAUUCUCAAAUGAGAACUCACAAUUCAUUGUCGUCUUCAUUGGAGAUGUUCCUUGAGGAAGACAUAGCGGUUGCUACAGGUAAUCCUUCUGCUUUUACUUCUCCUUCUUCUCCUUCUCCUUCUCCUUCUCCUUCUCCGGCUUCAUCACUGUCUUCUAUAAUCAGGGCCCAUCCAGAGUUGAAACUUUAUAUAGGAAUGGAUGUUGAUCCUCUGGCACAUGAAAAGGCUCGAGCUCACAUCAAUUCUCUCUUGGAUGCCCAUUCUGAUUUGAAAGCACAUAUCUUUCUGAAAAAUUUUAGACAUAUCAAAUCUUUGCUUAGUGAGGUUGAUGUGAAUCUAGCAAACUCAGGGGUGGGCAUAUUAAUGGACUUGGGAAUGUCCUCUAUGCAGGUGAAUAAUCCUAAAAGAGGUUUUAGCGUGCUUGUUAAUGGGCCUCUUGACAUGCGAAUGGAUCCUCAAGCAAGUCUGAAAGCAGAGGACAUAUUAAAUUCAUGGCCAGAUACUGAAUUAGGUAAAAUCCUGCAAGAAUAUGGGGAAGAAAGCAACUGGCGAGUGCUUCUAAAAAAGAUUGUUCAAGCUCGAAAUCAUGGUGGGUUGCAUUCCACUGGUGAAUUGGUAGAUCUUAUCCGGAGUGUGACUCCAGUGACUAGAGGGGGUAGACAAGGUUGGAUAAAGACCGCAACACGGGUGUUUCAAGCUCUGAGAAUUGCCGUGAACGAUGAACUCAAGACAUUGGAGAAUUCCCUCUAUGCUUCUUUCGAUUGCCUUGCCCCUGGUGGUAGGCUUGCUGUCAUUUCCUUUCACAGUUUGGAGGACAGAAUUGUGAAACAAACAUUUCUCAACAUCAUUGACCGCAACAAAGAAGAUGGCAAAGAGGGAAAUGAAGACGAGAGAAGAAGAGAUCUGAAACAGAUCAGAAAUGACAACCAGGUAAACGAACUGUGGAUUAAACAAAUGAUUGAGGGCUGGAAUGGAACAAUUCUCACUAAGAGACCGAUAACACCAUCUGAAGCAGAGGAAAGAUUGAAUCGCCGCAGCAGGAGUGCUAAGCUCAGGGUGAUACAAAAGGCUUGAAAUU